CGUUUUCAUUGGGCGGCACAUUGUCUCACAUUUGGAAGGGAUUCAUAUAUCCUGGCUGCAGAGCUUGUGACUGAUUGUACGACAUGUAUUCUGCAGAGAUCAGACAUUGUGGGCAGCCGGUCGGAGACAACAUGCGUGAAACCCCAAAUGGCACAAAGCCAGUGAAGCUGAUUGCCGCAGCCUGCAACAACAUGGGGAUUGGACUGAACGGAUACCUGCCGUGGAAUUUACCGAAUGAAUUCAAGUAUUUAUUAGACACGAUAACUAAAGUCAGCCAACCAGGGAAGAAGAAUUUACUUCUGUGGGGCCGGCGAUCGUUUGAGACUUUCGAUGAGAGCUUGUUGCCCGUGCCGAACACUAUCAUUGCGCUCCUGAGUAGAAAGCUAAGCAUGGUGCCCCCAUUUGUAAGCUACGUGUGCAAAAAUGAAGAAGAAAUCUUAAAAUUAGCCUCUACUCCGCCCCUUAAUGAUGAGAUUGAAAGCAUCUGGGUGCUGGGCGGUGUUGAAUCCUACAAGAACAUGAUGCAACACCCUUGGUGCAACCACAUCUACUUCACCAAAAUUCUGGCCGACUUCGAGUGCGACACAUUUUUUCCUGAAUUUGACAAAAACGUUUUCAAAUUAAAAGAAAACUAUCCUGGUGUUCCAUCGGGAAUUCAGGACGAGAACGGGGUAAAAUACGUAUUUCAAGUGUAUCAGCGGGAUCUGAAAAAAGCGGAAUCCAUUAUAAUGACGGUUGAACAUCCCUAAUGAGAGAACAGGAAUCAUGAGUUGCUAGUAACGUCCAUUGGCCUAAUAGGCUGGAUAAUAUAGGGGAAAUAACAUGGAGGAUUUCUGUAUAUGUUUUGCUAUUUAAGCAGUUGUGUAAUAUACACUUUCUUUAUCUUU